GCAGGUCUGGGAUCCUGAGGCUCCUGGCAGACUAUGGGUACAACAGCCAGCACAGCCCAGCAGACGGUCUCAGCAGGCACCUCAUUCGAGGGCCUCCAGGGCGGCAGCACGAUGGACGGUCGGCACUCACUCAGCGUCCACUCCUUCCAGGCCACAGGCUUGCACAACAGCAAGGCCAAGUCCAUCAUCCCCAACAAGGUGGCCCCUGUUGUGAUCACGUACAACUGCAAGGAGGAGUUCCAGAUCCAUGAUGAGCUGCUCAAGGCCCACUACACGCUGGGACGGCUCUCAGACGUCACCCCUGAGCACUACCUGGUACAGGGCCGCUACUUCCUGGUACGGGAUGUCACUGAGAAGAUGGACGUACUGGGCACCAUGGGGAGCUGUGGGGUCCCCAACUUCCGGCAAGUGCAGGGUGGGCUCGCCGUGUUCGGCAUGGGACAGCCCAGCCUCUUGGGGUUCAGGCAGGUCCUCCAGAAACUACAGAAGGAUGGACAUAGGGAGUGUGUCAUCUUCUGUGUGCGGGAGGAGCCCGUGCUGUUCCUGAGGGCCAAUGAUGACUUCGUGUCCUACACGCCUCGAGACAAGCAGAACCUUCACGAGAACCUCCAGGACCUCGGGCCCGGGGUCCGGGCAGAGAGCUUGGAGCUGGCCAUUCGGAAAGAGAUCCAUGACUUCGCUCAGCUGAGUGAGAACACGUACCAUGUGUACCAUAACACGGAGGACCUGCCGGGAGAGCCCCACGCUGUGGCCAUCCGGGGCGAGGACGAUGUGCACGUUACUGAGGAGGUGUACAAGCGGCCCCUCUUCCUGCGGCCCUCCUACAGGUACCACCGCCUGCCCCUGCCCGAGCAAGGGGCUCCCCUGGAAGCCCAGUUUGAUGCCUUUGUCAGUGUCCUCCGGGAGACCCCCAGCCUGUUGCUGCUCCGAGAUGCCUGCAGGCCUCCCCCUGCCCUCCUCUUCAGCUGCCAGACGGGUGUGGGCAGGACCAACCUGGGCAUGGUCCUGGGCACCCUCAUCCUGUUUCACCACAGUGGGGCCACUUCACAACCAGAGGCUGCUCCCCUGCAGACCAAGCCACUACCCAUGGAGCAGUUCCAGGUGAUCCAGAGCUUUCUCCGCAUGGUGCCCCAGGGAAGGAGGAUGGUAGAGGAGGUGGACCAAGCCAUCACUGCCUGUGCAGAGCUGCAUGACCUGAAGGAAGCGGUCUUGGAAAACCAGAGGAAGCUGGAAGGCGUCCAGCCCAAGAGCCCAGCCCAGGGAAGCGGCAGCCACCAUGGUGUCCGGCAGAGGGCCGUGCGGAGCCUGGAGCGAUACUUCUACCUGAUCCUGUUUAACUACUAUCUCCAUGAGCAGUACCCGCUGGCCUUUGCCCUCAGUUUCAGCCGCUGGCUGUGUGCCCACCCUGAGCUGUACCGCCUGCCUGUGAUGCUGAGCUCAGCGGGCCCUGUGGCCCCGGGGGACCUCAUCACCGAGGGCUCCCUGGGGGCCGACGAUCUUGUCUCCCCGGACGCGCUCAGCACUGUCAGAGAGAUGGAUGUGGCCAACUUCCGGAGGGUACCCCGCAUGCCCAUCUACGGCACAGCCCAGCCCAGCGCCAAGGCCCUGAGGAGCAUCCUGGCUUACCUGACGGAUGCCAAGAGGAAGCUGCGGCAGGUGGUCUGGGUCAACCUGAGGGAGGAGGCUGUGCUGGAGUGUGACGGGCACACCCACAGCCUGCAGCGGCCCGGGCCCCCCAUGGGCCCUGAUCAGCUGGAGACCCUGGAGACCCAGCUGAAGGCCCACCUGAGCGAGCCUCCCCCAGGUGUGGAGGGCCCGCCCACCCGCAGGUUCCAGUCGUGCCUCACCACGCAGGAGGUCUUCAGCCAGCACCGCGGGGCCUGUCCCGGCCUCACCUACCAUCGCAUCCCUGUGCCGGACUUCUGCGCCCCCCGUGAGGAGGACUUUGACCAACUGCUGGAGGCCCUGCGGGCUGCGCUGGCCAAGGACCCUGGUACUGGCUUCGUGUUCAGCUGCCUCAGCGGCCAGGGCCGGACCACGAUGGCAAUGGUGGUGGCUGUACUGGCCUUCUGGCAUAUUCGCGCCUUCCCCGAAGUGGGUGAGGAGGAGCUGGUGAGCGUGCCUGAUGCCAAGUUCACUAAGGGAGAGUUUCAGGUAGUAAUGAAGAUGGUACAGCUGCUGCCCGACGGGCACCGCGUGAAGAAGGAGGUGGACGCAGCGCUGGACACUGUCAGCGAGACCAUGACGCCCAUGCACUACCACCUGCGGGAAAUAAUCAUCUGCACCUACCGCCAGGCGAAGGCGGCCAAAGAGGAGCUGGAGAUGCGGAGGCUACAGCUGCGAAGUCUGCAGUACCUGGAACGUUAUGUCUACCUGAUCCUCUUCAACGCCUACCUCCACCUGGAGAAGGCCGACUCCUGGCAGAGACCCUUCAGCACCUGGAUGCGGGAGGUGGCAUCGAAGGCUGGCGUCUAUGAGCUCCUCAACCAGCUGGGCUUCCCCGAGCUGGAGAGCCUGGAGGACCAGCCCUUCUCGCGGCUGCGCUACCGGUGGCAGGAGCAGAGCUGCAGCCCCGAACCCUGUGCCAACAGGGAUUUGCUCUAGGGGGCCACUCCCUGCCCCCUCCCACGGGCUCCAUGCAGGCUGGGGGUGUCUGGGUGUUGUGGGGGAGCUGGCCUUAAGGAAGCUAUUCUUCCCCACCCCCCUUCCUGGAGAAACUCGGGUGAGGCUGGGAACCUGUCUGAAAAGAGCUUUUUAUAGGACAUCAAGACGGCAUGCAGCCAUACCUUUCAGACCACAGAGACAUGUGGCCAGCCUCCAAGGAGGCACUGCUGUGUACACUGCACAGAUGGACUGGUGUCUAGCCUCCAAGGAGCUCACACUUCCAGUAGCCAAGCAGGGCUCACCGCAUCUUCUGUCUCUUCUCUCUGCUCAGACCCACUGGGCAGCCUCUUGCCAUCCUCCCCAUGGCUUCUCCCCUUCUUGCUACCUGACCACUGCCCCCGGGGCCUGGUAACCUGCAGCGGUUUGGAUUGAGUGCUUUAAAGGCUGCUUCUCCCAGUUUUCUU